CUCGGUGUUUGAGUCGAACCCCCCGGAGCCGCUGAGCUGUUUGUGCUGAUGCUGCAGAGUCCGCUCCUCCUCUCUGCUCCCUCCAUCCUGCUCCUCUCGCUCCCUCUCUCUCUCCGCGUCCUCCUCCUCUCCAGCAUGAUUUUCAUUAAAAGCUGUCAGUGCGGGUUUUUGCUGCGGAGCCACGGAUCUUCCUCCUCCUCCUCCUCCUCCUCCUCCUCCUUCACCUCCUCCUCCUCCUCCUACUCCUCCUGCGGGCUGCUCCGGUCGUCGCUGAAAACCAACACCAAGAGGAUACGGAUGUUGACCAAGACAACAUAGUCUAUUAAUAUUUCAGAGAUACUGUAAAACGAUAUUAGAAUUAAAGCCAAGUUGCGGUGAGGACGCUGCACCUCCUGUUCUCCACCUCCUGUUCUCCACCUCCUCUUCUCCACCUCCUCUUCUCCACCUCAGCGCAGGUCAGAUGAAGCUGUGAGGGGAGAUGUUCAGCUCGGAGAUGAUGGAGAUGAUGGAGAUGAUGGAGAUGAUGGUGAUGGAGAGGGAGGCUUUGCACAGCUCCUGGUCUCUUUAGGAGCUUCUGCCCUCCGACCUGCCCCACCUCCCUCCCCACCUCCUCACACCACUUCCUCUUCCUGUCUGCCCAACCCCCCCAGGAAGGAUGACUGUGGUGUCCACAGACAACAUGGAUGAGACCUCCACCCUCCCGGGUCAUCCACAGGACCUCUACCCGCCCGAUGACGACCACGAUGACCACGACUGCUGCGAGCGGGUCGUCAUCAACAUCUCGGGGCUGCGCUUCGAGACCCAGCUCAAAACCCUCGCCCAGUUCCCGGAGACGCUCCUCGGGAACCCGAAGAAGAGGAUGCGCUACUUCGACCCUUUACGAAACGAGUACUUCUUUGACCGGAACCGACCAAGCUUUGACGCCAUCUUGUAUUAUUACCAAUCCGGGGGGCGGCUGAGGAGGCCGGUCAACGUGCCUCUGGAUAUGUUCUCAGAGGAGAUUAAAUUCUACGAACUCGGCGCAGAGGCCAUGGAGAAAUUUCGUGAGGACGAGGGGUUUAUUCGGGAAGAGGAGCGCCCCCUGCCGGAGAAGGAGUUCCAGCGGCAGAUCUGGCUCCUCUUCGAGCAUCCGGAGAGUUCUGGCCCGGCGCGGGGGAUCGCCAUCGUCUCUGUGAUGGUUAUUCUUAUUUCAAUAGUCAUAUUUUGUUUGGAGACACUACCUGAGCUGAAGGAGGACGCCAGCGGCCGCAUGCGGGUGGUCGGAAACACGACUGUAUUUUAUAAACCCAACGUCCUCACGGACCCUUUCUUCGUGGUGGAGACGCUGUGCAUCAUCUGGUUUUCCUUUGAGUUGAUAGUUCGCUUCUUCGCUUGCCCCAGCAAAGCGGCGUUCUUUAAAAACAUGAUGAACUCUAUCGACAUUGUGGCUAUAAUCCCGUACUUCAUCACGCUGGGCACAGAGCUGGCGGACGACCAGGAGAACAACAAGGAGGGUAAAGGAGGAGGGGAGCAGGCCACGUCUCUGGCCAUCCUCAGGGUGAUCCGCCUGGUGAGGGUCUUCAGGAUCUUUAAACUGUCCCGGCACUCCAAGGGGCUCCAGAUCCUGGGCCAGACCCUGAAGGCCAGCAUGCGGGAGCUGGGCCUGCUCAUCUUCUUCCUCUUCAUCGGAGUGAUUUUGUUCUCCAGCGCCGUGUACUUUGCAGAGGCCGAGGAGAAGGAGUCGUUCUUCACCAGCAUCCCGGACGCCUUCUGGUGGGCGGUGGUGUCCAUGACCACGGUGGGCUACGGGGACAUGUACCCGGUGACCAUCGGGGGGAAGAUCGUGGGCUCGCUGUGCGCCAUCGCCGGCGUGCUCACCAUCGCGCUGCCGGUGCCGGUCAUCGUGUCCAACUUCAACUACUUCUACCACCGGGAGACGGAGGGCGAGGAGCAGGCCCAGCUGCUCAACGUGAGCAACCAGAACCUGGCGUCGGACACCAACUCCAGCCGCCGCAGCUCGUCGGCCGUCAGCAAGUCGGAGUACAUGGAGAUCGACGAGGACAUGAACAACAGCAUCGAUAACUUUAGGGAAGCGAACCUUAGAACUGCCAACUGCACGGCUCCGAGCCAGAACCAUGUGAACAAGGGGAAACUUCUCACCGACGUGUGAGGCGGCGCCUGCCGCACCACUGUAAAUACUGUAGAAAUAUCUGGAUGCUUUAUCUCCAUUGGUGCAUUUUAUUCUCUUCUUUUGCAUAGAUACAUUCAAACAUGUGUGAAGACUCAUAGUUUCCAGGCUCACAUGGUCAAUUGGAAGUAAUUUCAUCCAAAAAAACUAACAAGGGAUUAGUUUGGCAAUAGGACAAAGAUCGGCAGGUGUAAGGGAAGAUUUUUUGAUAAAUUAUUAAUUAUUUAUUUAGUAGCUUUUACCUUUGAAAUCCUUAAUUCUGCAAAAAGAAUUAAAGCUGAACAACAUAUUUUGCACAGGAAGGACCAGUUUGUUAGUUUUCAUGAUCUCAGAGGUCAGUCUUAAGGAAAGAGCCCUGAUGACGUCAUGUGACCUUGACCAGGGACAGGGUAUUUUUGGCCAUGUUGCACGUGGACUUACUUUAAAGUGUUUGAACACAACCAGGUGUUAGCGUCAAAGUCUCAAUUUCCUUUACUCUGCAGCUAUUUGUGGAAACAGAUAAAAGGAGAAGAAUAAAUCAUUUAAGAAACAAGCGCUGAAAACUUGAAGGAACCAAUUCAGACAAGAUAAUGUAUCUGCACGGCCUCUUAACGAGAAGACAAUUAUUUCAAAGUGCUUUACAUGUGACGAAGAGGCAUAAAGAGCAGAUACAAGAGACAAAGUGACAUAAAACACACAAACAGGGUUUAACAACAGUAAAAUAGAAGAGUUUGUGUGAUUUAACAGAUUCAAAUGAGAAAAACUCAAUGUUUGAAUGACCAAAGUGAGGAAGAGAAUCUAUUCAGAGUCUGAUGAGUUUAUUCACUGUAGAACACAAUGAUUUAUCAGUCAAUCUCCUCCACACCUUCCUGGCUUUGUACCACAGACUCAAGCUUUAGGAUAAAAGAGGUGCUGAUGAAACCCGGCCCGGCUGAGAUGAAGAACAUGUCGGGGCCCGGCUCCCUGAGGAGACACGUUUCAGUGGAUUACAGUGGACACGUGUUUUCCUGCGGCACAUCCAGGGAACUUUUAACUUGACGCCAGAUGUUGAUUGAAGUUCUUCAGGCACCUUAUGAGACCCAGAGAAGACGUGUGCCGAGCCUUGUGGAGGAUCACCUGCACUGCUGCUACAGGUCGGCUGCAGGUUCCCUGUACCAUGCCAUGCAACGCUCCUUUAUAUAAAAGCAUGUGGAGACUCUCUUCUCUCUUAUAUCGGCAUGCACAAGAUGUUACCUCAUUUUUAUUUUUACAGUCCUUUCUUCUUUGACCUUCAUCUUCUCCUUUCGGAUGUUUUCUCUCAUUUGUUUUCACCAAAGUGCACUGCUAUUUAUUAUUGUUUAAUUUAUUUCAAAGCAUUUAAGUGUUGAAUGUUAAAAAUCAUUAUGGGAACAGGAACACUUCUUUUAGAAGAUCACGGCAUGUCAGAAUACUAAAGCAUUACGGCCUAACGAGCUGCG